CAGUUGAUUUUUUAAAAAUUUUCCAUGCAUAAAUUUUCAAAAUUUCUGAGUAUGCAAUUUGAAAUCUGCUUGUUGCGAGAAAGCGACAAAAGCAACUAAGAAAUGGCUGCCGCUUCUCUGCAGAUUCUGAAAUCCACUUUGUGGACUCCCGUUCCUGUUUCCCGCUCUUAUUUUCCCGGAAAAUUGGAUUCUCCCGGGAAAGUGGCUCUCCGGUUUAGAAGCUAUAAACGGUCGAUUUGCUGCAUCGGAGGCAAUUUUAGGGUCUCUUGUAGUGUUCAGGACGGCGAUAGUAAUCAAAUCAACGGCGAGGAGCCUCCAGAGUCAUUAUUUAUGAAGGAACUAAAAAGAAGGGGCAUGACACCAACUUCAUUGCUUGAGGACACAAAGAGGAGGGACAAUGGAUUGGAUGAUGAGAUGAAACUGAGGGAAGAAGACAGAAGCUUCUCAAAAAGAAAGGCAGUCUCACCUGAGUUAGAUAAAAGUUUAUCUAAUCAAAGGGAGCGCUCCAUGGCACUGAAUAGUGAAGGCCUUGAGGGAUUGAUUCCUCGUGCUAAACUCCUGCUAACAAUUGGUGGAACAUAUUUCUUGGGAUUUUGGCCAUUGAUCCUGAUAACUGUGGCAUCUUUUUCUGCUCUCUAUUUAUAUUUUGGUUCAACCUUUGUUCACGAUGCGAGUCAAACCCCUUCUUCUCCACCACCGUAUGUUUAUCCAUAUGCGCUAUUGGAAGAUGAAAGGAUAUAACAAAUCGUGCCUCGUAUAAAUUGAAAAGACCCAACAGUUUUACCUAAACCUCAUUCUUAAACUUCAGUUAUAGGUAUCUAUAGCAUAUUUUCUUUGCUUUUGCUAAUUCUUUCAUGGUAUAUCUAAGUAAAUAGGAACUUUUCUCAUCAAUGUUAUGUUUGCCGUCUUGCCUCCA